AUGAGUGUUUCAAAGGAUUUUAAAACGUAUGUAGAUCAGGCACAUAGAGCCGCUGAGGAAUUUGUCAAUAUUUACUAUGAGACAAUGGAUAAAAGAAGAUGGGGACUAACCAGGCUGUAUCUGGAGAAGGCCAUCUUAAUAUGGAAUGGAAAUGUUGUUAUAGGGCUAGAAGCCCUAUCUAAUUUUUUUGAGAUGUUGCCAUCCAGUCAGUUCCAGGUCAAUAUGUUAGAUUACCAACCAGUUCAUGAGCAAGCUACCCAGUCCCAGACUACAGUUCUCGUUGUGAUCAGUGAAACGGUGAAGUUUGAUGGAAACAAACAUCACUACUUCAACCAGAACUUCCUGCUGACUGCUCAGUCCAGUCCUACCAACACUGUGGAAGAUUGCAAGUGA